CCCGGCAUCUGCAUCAUUACGUUGCUGGGCCGCAUGACAUGUGUGGUGCGGAUAAACAACUGGGUAUAAAAAGGACAUCGUUUUAGCUACGUUCUUCCAUAAAGUGGCAAUUUAAAGUACCAAAAUGCCCAGGAAAACGAAAGAGGAAGCAGAGUGGGUGGACGACGAGGUCGCCCCAGCAGCUGAAAAAACAGUGAAAAAGGGGAAGAAAGAUAAAAAGGGGAAAAAGAGUUUCUUUGAAGAACUCGCAACAGAUGGCAAACCUGAAAAGGUCCAUGAGCUGGCUGUGAAAGACACUCAAGGAAAACAGCCUCAGAAAAAGAAGAAAGAGCGCCGGAAAGAAAAAGGCAGAGAUGCGGAUGAGGAUGAUGAGGAUGUCAUGCUGAAGCUGAAAAAGCUCUCAGUUCAAGCAAGUGAUGAGGAAGAUGAGCCAGUCAUUGCCCCCAGUAAAGGAAACAAGAAGAACAAGGGUGGAAAUAUCUUUGCUGCUCUCAGCCAGGGCCAGAGUGAUGAGGAUGAGGAUGAGGAUGAGGAUGAGGAUGCUGAUGUGGAUGAAGAAGAUAAACCAGCACAAAAGGCUGCAUGUGAUGAGGAAGAUGAGGCAGAGAAGGAAGAUGAAGAGAAAGCUAAAAAGAAGGCCAAGAAGGUGGAAGCCAAGCACAAGAAAGAAAAACCUGCUGUGAGACCACACAGUGAGGAUGAAGAUGAGGAGGAGGAUAGUGAUGGAGGUGACACGAUGAUGAGUGCUGAGGAUGUCAUUGCACAGCAGGCCAAGCAGCAGGAAGAUGACCCGUAUGCUAACCUUAGCAAAAAGGAGAAGAAGAAGAAAAAAAAACAGAUGGAGUAUGAACGUCAGGUGGCCAGUGUUCGUGCUCAGAAUGCCUUGGAGGGGGAUUUCUCCAUUUCCCAGGCUGAGAUGUCCUCCAGACAGGCCAUGCUGGAGAAUGCCUCUGAUAUUAAGCUUGAGAGGUUCAGCAUAUCUGCUCAUGGCAAGGAGCUUUUCGUCAACGCUGACCUCCUGAUAGUGGCAGGAAGAAGAUAUGGUUUGGUUGGACCAAAUGGCAAAGGAAAGACCACAUUAUUGAAACACAUAGCCAACAGAGCUCUUAGUAUUCCCCCCAACAUAGAUGUGCUAUUGUGUGAACAGGAGGUGGUAGCUGAUGACACACCAGCAGUGCAGGCGGUGCUGAAGGCAGACACACGCCGUCUUAAGCUUCUAGAGGAGGAGAAACAGCUCCAGGCUCGUCUGGAGAAGGGAGAGGACAGUGUGGCUGAGAGGCUGGAGAAGGUCUAUGAAGAGCUGAGGGCAAUUGGAGCUGCAGCAGCUGAGGCCAAAGCCAGAAGGAUUCUGGCUGGUCUGUCAUUUACCCCUGAGAUGCAGAACAGAGCCACCAAGAGGUUCUCUGGAGGGUGGAGAAUGAGAGUCUCCCUUGCCAGAGCUCUGUUCAUGGAACCCACAUUACUGAUGCUGGACGAACCCACAAACCACCUGGACCUGAACGCUGUCAUCUGGCUUAACAACUACCUUCAAGGCUGGAAGAAGACUCUUCUCAUAGUUUCCCAUGACCAGAGUUUCCUUGAUGAUGUGUGUACAGAUAUCAUCCACUUAGACAACCAGAAACUCUACUACUACAGAGGGAACUACUUGACCUUCAAGAAGAUGUAUGUGCAGAAGCAGAAAGAACUGCAGAAACAGUAUGACAAGCAGGAGAAGAAACUCAAAGAGCUAAAGGCUGGUGGCAAGUCCACCAAACAGGCUGAGAAGCAGACUAAGGAUGUCCUCACCAGAAAGCAGCAGAAAGGCAAGAAGAAAGGAGGUCAGGAAGAGGAGAGCCGAGAGGCCACCGAGCUGCUCAAGAGGCCUAAAGAAUACACUGUCAAGUUUACCUUCCCCAACCCACCUCCUCUCUCACCACCCAUACUGGGACUACACAGUGUUGACUUUGGCUAUGAGGGUCAGAAGCCUCUAUUCAAAAACGUGGACUUUGGGAUUGACAUGGACUCCAGGAUUUGUAUAGUUGGACCUAAUGGAGUUGGGAAGAGUACCCUGCUGCUGCUUCUCAAUGGGAAAAUAAAUCCUACUAAAGGUGAGAUGAGGAAGAAUCAUCGUCUGAAAGUGGGCUUCUUCAACCAGCAGUACGCUGAUCAGUUGAAUAUGGAGGAGACUGCGACAGAGUACCUGAUGAGGAACUUCAACCUUCCCUACCAGGAUGGCAGGAAAUGCCUGGGACGUUUUGGCCUGGAAAGCCACGCCCACACCAUUCAGAUCUCCAAGCUCUCUGGUGGUCAGAAGGCCAGAGUAGUAUUUGCUGAACUGGCAUGUCGUCAGCCUGAUGUACUGAUCUUGGAUGAACCCACCAACAAUUUGGACAUUGAGUCAAUUGAUGCCUUAUCAGAGGCCAUCAAUGAAUACAAAGGAGCUGUGAUCAUUGUGAGUCAUGAUGCCCGGCUCAUCACAGAGACUCAGUGCCAGUUGUGGGUGGUGGAAGACUGUACAGUCAACCAGAUUGACGGAGACUUUGAUGAUUACAAGCGGGAGGUGUUGGAGGCCCUGGGAGAGACCAUGGUCAACAAGGUCAAUGCAUGACCACACAGAAGACAGCAUCCCUCCACCACUCCAUCUAGACUGCUCAGCAUGUCUCACAAAGUAACACUCAUAAAUAAAAAAUGUUGGAUUUGUUGGGUUGGAUAUCUUUUCCAUUCUGGACUGUAACAUCUUUAAUGGGUUGUAGAUGGACAUAUAUUGGAAUGUUUAUCUUAACAUUAAUUUCUAAAAAUAAAGAUGGAGAAGAACUGUCUUGAAUAAUGAUCUGUGGUCAAAAUAUACUAAAGCUAAACAAUAAAAUACAUAAAUUUUUCA